AUGCUGUCUACAACUGAUUUUCCUCUCUUUAAAAAAGGAGAAAAUCUUUACUAUGUUGGUAAAGAUGGAAAUCAGCAAAGGGUAAUUUUGGAUCUAGAAGAAGUCAAAGACAUCUUACAUGAAUACCAUUCAUCUGCAACUGGGGGUCACAGCGGUAUCAAUGCCACCUUGACAAAGAUUCGGGCACAUUUUAUGUGGAGCCGAAUGAAGGAAGAUGUCAUGGAAUAUAUACAGGCUUGUGACAAAUGCCAAAAACAGUCUCACAUCAAGACGCAGAGCCCAGAGUUAAAGCCCAUCACAGUGACAGAAGCGAUGGAAUUGGUUGGAAUGGAUUUGAUAGGUCCUCUACCAACCACCCAGAAUGGACACAAGUGGGGUGCCCCAAAACGCUUACUCUCAGAUCAGGGGCGAGAGUUUGUUGCAGCCAUCAACAUGGAGAUGUGCAAGGCAUUAAACAUAAGUCGUUCUGUGACCAGUGCUUACCAUCGGCAAACAAAUGGAUUGGAUGAGAGAACCAAUCAAACUCUCAAAGCACGUCUUAGCAAACUGAUGGAUGCGACAGACAGAGUUGAGGAGCAGGUUGUCAUUGAAGAACAAAUUGACGAAAUGGUCCAACAAAGGGCUGCUCUAAUGGAGGUCACCAAGAAAGCUGUGGAUGAAAAUGUUGAGAAGGCAAAGACCAGACAGAGGGAAACAUACGCUAAAAGAAAAGCCAAGGGGGUAAAGACAUUUCAGUUGGAGCUGAAGCCUCAUUUGGAGUCACAUCUACACAAGAAACCGAAACUUGAUGUUGCAGUUGACAUUGUGACACCUAGUGAACCUGACCACUCCACCGAACCUGUUGAAGAACCCCCUCUGCUUCUUGGAGAUGAACCACUCCCCGAACACUUCGUAGAUGGACCAGAAUUAGAAGAUUAUUCCGCACCAAAACCAGACGCAAAGUUAGUUAUUGGUGACAACACUUUAGAGAUGGGUGACUUAAGAACAUUGGAUGGGAAAGAAUGGUUGAAUGACAACGUGGUCCAUGGCUAUCUUGGACUGAUUGCACAGCAGGCAUCAUGGGCAGACAAAACCCCGACCUAUGUGUUCCCUUGCUUUUUGGCAACUCUUUGGGAGAAAAAUCAUUUUGAUCAUUGGCUCUACCAGGAUGAGGUUUUGGGAAAUCAGGCAAAAAAAGGUGCCAAGAGAUAUCACAGAAGACUGGGUUUCAGCUGGUAUGAAGUCUAACGAGCAAGUAGGAUGCAGUGAUUGUGGAGUGUUUGUUCUGAUGAAUGCAGAAACAGUUAUUAAGGGUGCUGAUUUAAAUUCAAUCAACCAAUCCCUCUGCCAGCCCUUUAGGACCUACGCUAAGAAGCGACUAUUACGAGAUGCAAGGAAAAGUGAGGAAAGGAUAUGUGACAUUCCAUUUUGUAAAAAUGAUAACUAUCACAAAUGGAUACAAUGUAAUGUCUGUACAUCUUGGUGUCAUACAGUGUGUGCUAACGUAAAGGCCACUAAAAAAAAUUUACAAAAACUUGUUUUCGUGUGCCCUAUGUGCAUUGGGAAAAAUUAGUCAUUAUAAUAAGAAUUACUGUUGAAUAUUUAUUAACAUUGAAUUGAAUUGAACACAUCUGACAGCCAUUUAUUUUGCUAACAAUUAUUUUUGUUGGUAAUUGACAGUUUUGAAAUGUAAGCCACCUAGAAUUGCAGCAACAACUGACAGAACUUGUAUAUGUGCCACUGUACAUAGUGAGAUCCACUACUGUUUUCUUUUCUUUUUUUUAAGUAUUCAAGUCUUUGAAGUUUUUAAUUUCAUAGUAAAGACAGUUACACAAUCAAUGGAAUUCCAUAUGGAGUGUUAGGUAUAAAAUACAGGUGGAGUUGGAAACCCAACCCAAUAAGUUUCUUUUGAAUUUGAUUCUAAAAUUCUGUUAAAAUUUUAGUGUGUGUUUGUGUGUAUUAUGAUGAUUACUUGUUGUAUUUGUUCUAUAUUUUCACAUCGACAAAUAAACAUUUUAUAUUUUGUAUCAUA